AUACAAUUUUUCCACGGGACUUAAGAUAAAUUCAUUGUUUCGGCCAGUUACUUGAGAUAAGUUGAAACACAUAAAUAUUUUCCUUAUAACAUCUAAAUAAUUGAUAAAAAUGGAAAUGAUUCAUGCUAUGAAUCCCGUUCAAUAAGCAUUGAAUUCAAAUUUUAGAUGUUCUUGACUCCAUUAUAGAAACAAAACCCAUGCGUACUUAAAAAUUCAAAAAAAACUAAAUUAAGUUCUCAUAUUUUGUUGUCCUUAGCAACCGUAGCAAACAAAUAAAACUCAAAUAAAAGUUUCCAAAAAUGGUUGAAGAGUUACAAAAAGCUGGUCUCUACAUUGAUGAUAUCUAUCGUCUUCGUGCCCAGGAUCCAAAAAUUACAGCUGAAGCAAACGAGCUUCGAGAAGAAUGUCUUGAAUUUGCAACGAAGCUCCAAGAUUUUGAACGGUAUGCAAAGGACUUUCACAAAAUAUUCAAUGAUUUUUCAAAAGACGUAGAAAAGGAGCGAAUUCGCGCAAUAAGCACCCAGAAUCUACUGAAAACCAUAUCGAAGCAGAGACAAGCAGAACAACAAAUAUUUCAGAGCCAAAUUCUUGAGAAAUCAAUUGAACUAGAACGCCUUAAAACAGAAUAUCAUCAUCUGCAGAUGAUUGAAUCGGAGCAGCAGGAAAUAAUCAACAAUUUUGUGCAGAAUCAAUAAAUUACCAAAUUUCUUAAAUACAAAAU